GAGGCCACAUGCUGUUGAUAACUGGGGGCCUUGCAAACACACUACAACAAGGCAAGUGAAGAUGGCGGAUGUGUUGAGUGUUCUUCGUCAGUAUAACAUCCAGAAAAAAGAAAUCGUCGCUAAAGGAGAUGAAGUUAUAUUCGGAGAGUUCUCCUGGCCGAAAAAUGUCAAGACCAACUACAUAAUCUGGGGUACUGGUAAAGAGGGCCAGCCCAAAGAGUACUAUACUUUGGACUCUAUCUUGUUCUUGCUCAACAAUGUGCAUCUCCCGCAUCCAUCCUAUGUGCGAAGAGCUGCAACAGAGAACAUCCCAGUUGUCAGACGACCUGAUCGAAAGGGCUUGCUGUCAUAUCUCAAUGGAGAGAGCUCUACAUCAACGAGCAUUGACAGAAGUGCACCCAUAGAAAUAGGUUUGCAACGGCCAACACAAGUCAAAAGAGCAGCUGAUGAGGUAUCUUCUGAAGCCAAAAAGCCAAGAAUUGAGGAUGAGGAACGAGUGCGUCUGGACAAGGAGCGCCUGGCUGCCCGUCUGGAGGGCCAUAAAGAGGGCAUCGUGCAGACUGACCAGAUCAGAUCACUGUCUGAGGCUAUGUCAGUGGAGAAAAUUGCAGCCAUCAAAGCCAAAAUUAUGGCCAAGAAACGUUCCACCAUCAAAACAGAUCUGGACGAUGACAUAACCCUGAAGCAGAGAAGCUUUGUGGACGCAGAGGUGGAUGUCACCAGAGACAUUGUCAGCAGAGAGAGGGUCUGGAGGACCAGGACAACCAUUCUCCAGAGCACUGGAAAGAAUUUCUCCAAGAACAUCUUUGCCAUUCUUCAGUCAGUGAAAGCCAGAGAAGAAGGGCGAGCACCAGAGCAGAGACCAUCACAGAACGCUACUCAAGUGGACCCGUCCUUAAGGAACAAGCAGCCUGUUCCAGCUGCCUACAACAGAUACGAUCAGGAGCGAUUCAAAGGAAAAGAGGAAACGGAGGGUUUCAAGAUUGAUACCAUGGGCACCUACCACGGCAUGACCCUGAAGUCAGUGACGGAAGGAGCUUCUGCUCGGAAGGCCCAGACCCCAGCACUACAGCCUGUCCCUCGUCCAGUUUCACAAGCCAGACCUCCACCAAAUCAGAAAAAAGGGUCCCGGACCCCCAUCAUCAUCAUCCCCGCUGCCACCACCUCACUCAUCACAAUGCUCAAUGCUAAGGAUCUUCUCCAGGAUCUAAAGUUUGUCACAUCAGAAGAAAAGAAGAAGGGGGGCAUCCAGCGUGACAAUGAAGUUCUGCUUCAGAGGCGCAAAGACCAGAUCCAGCCGGGUGGGACAACACUGAGUGUCACUGUACCAUACCGUAUCAUUGAUCAGCCACUCAAACUGGCUCCACAGGACUGGGAUCGAGUGGUAGCUGUCUUUGUGCAGGGUCCCGCAUGGCAGUUCAAAGGCUGGCCGUGGCUGCUGCCUGAUGGAUCUCCUGUGGACAUUUUCGCCAAAAUUCGAGCCUUUCAUUUGAAGUUUGAUGAGGCAAAGACAGACCCCAAUGUGCAGAAGUGGGAUGUGACCGUCCUGGAGCUGAGUCGCCACAGGCGCCAUUUGGACCGGCCUGUCUUCCUACGUUUUUGGGAAACCCUCGACAGAUACAUGGUGAAACACAAAUCUCACCUCAGGUUCUGAGCCCAGAUCACAGCCUCCAUCCGAAAAUCCCACAAAUUAAUUCUCCAGCCUUCCAACUCUCCACGGCCCACCUCACACACAGGUAUCCCCUCCCAUCCAAGCUGCCAUCCCAUCUUCCAACACGAUCCCCAUUUUAACAAAAGGAGGACAGAUUAUGCAGUGGUCUUCCUUCAACACUCCCUUGAGGACUCCCAAUGCAGUGUGCUGGAUUUGUUGCUCUGGACACUGGAGAGGAGAUUUGGGGAAUUUUUGUGUUUUUGUUGUAAUUGUUUUCUAAUGUUUUCAUGUAGUUAAACAAAAAUACCAAAAUAUGUUUUAUAUUAAAAAAAAGGCAACAUACUCUGGAAACACUUUAAAUGAGAUAUUAAGCAACAUAAUGGGGUCAGAGGGAGAGGAGGUUUUGUCAGUGGUAAUGCAGAAUAUUGUUAAUUCAACUCAAUUCAACUGUUUAGAUUGAGAGGAAUGUAAAAAUAACUCUUGGUACAAAAAAAAAAAAAAAACAGCCACCGAGUUUGAGGAAAGAGACUUCCUUCACACUUACCUUUUUUUCCAUUUUGGGUGUUUGUGGGCUGAAUGUACAUAUAUACGAUAAAACCUGUCAGAGCCAAAUCUCUUGGAGCAGAGAGGAGGAUGCAGGUAAGAGAUUUUGUUAAUACUUAAGAAAAGCUACUCUGCUCUGGCUCAAUAAAAUUAUCUCAGUCAAGCAACCAGUUCUUAGCUCAGUUUUAGACUGAUCAGCACAUCUCUUGGUCAUGCAAUGGCCUUGUUAAAGUCUUCUUUUUCUUCUUUGUUGGUGUUGUGCUAGAGGAGAGAAAUGAUGGAAAGUAUUGCUUUAAGUCAUCACAUGAAAAUAGACAAUAAAGCCUCAGAGAAACAAA